GACAUGGAGAUAUGCGAUGUUUUUAAACCGUUUAUACCUAGCGACCCUCAGCGCUAAUAUUUUUAUAAGUCGUCAACAUGUCCGUAUUUACGUUUUUACGACAUGUUAUGUUUAUUUUCCAGAAUUGGUUCUAACAUUUCAAUAAAUGGAAAAUUCCUCGGGAAAUCCCUUGUUUACCCCAAAUGUUCCUUCAUGUUGGACGUUUUCAAACACUUUGAGCUUCUUCAACCAUGUUUCUUGGUGAAUUGAUCCUAUCAGAAGAAUUAUUUUCUGUGCUACAACCUGUUUUAGUUGUGUCCAGGUGGUUAGGAAUAUUUCCUGUAAGUUACAAAAGAUUUGGGAAUUUCUACAAGCUCCGAUGGUCAACCUGGUAUGCCAUCUACAGCUACAUUCUAUCUUUGUCCUUAACAAUAACGACAUUGGUGAACCUUAUCAUAGAUUUGGAAAAGGGCGAAAAACGUUCAAUAAGGAUGCCAAAUCGAAAAACAAGAUUUGUUACUUGUGUUGACAUAUCAAUUGUUAUUUUCAUUGUCAUGUUUGGAAUUGCUACACUACCACUGAAAAUCAAGAAAAUAUGGAAAACUAUGAAUUUCUUAAAUGAGACGGACAAAAUCCUUCUGCUGAAGAACUCGGACAGGUUCCGGAAAUCGUCGAUAUACUUCAUUGUCUUAGUAUUCGCCCUAACCCUGAUAAUUUUUAUUUACGACGUGUCAUCUUGGUUAGUGGUCCUAAGACAGCAAUCAAAGAACCCCCUGGAGUACCUUCGGGCUUAUUUCUGCUUCUACUGCCUAUAUAUUGUUAUGCUAGCCAAGGAGAUGCUCUACUGGCAUAUUAUAUUUUUCAUAAAAAUCAAAAUUUCUACUUUGAAUGCCAGACUAAGGGAGCUGAAGAAAGUGGGCUCUUAUAAAGAGCGGAUGAAGUUUAAAGCUGAUCCCAAUGGUCUCGAAAGAUGGGCUUACUUGAACAAAGGCGUCCACAAAGUCAACGGCAUAUCGCCUGACUCAGUGUGUACGACUGGAAUAUCUCUAAGCUUAGACCAAGAAAUAACUACACUAGCGAGGUACCAAGAUCACAUUUUUCAAGCUGUAGAAGUUAUAAACGAUACAACAGAAUACGGUAUACAUUUCAUCAUGCUGAGCUGUCUGCUUCACCUAAUUAUAACACCAUACUUUCUUAUCAUUGAAAUAUUCGCAAAGGGCAAGCUGAUUUUCAUCAUACUGCAGACCAUUUGGGUACUAGGUCACCUGGGUCGAGUACUUAUAAUUGUGGAGCCUUGCCAACUAUGCAUAAAUGAGCAUCGCAAGACAGCCAACUUGAUUUGUGAUCUCAUGACGAAUGAUCUCAAGGAACAUAUCGAGAAAGCUGUGAUUCUUUUUUCAUUGCAACAGAGCUACUGCAAACUGAAGUUUACGUCGUGUGGUUUUUUCACAAUUAACAGAUCUUUACUAACAUCGAUUGCCGGAGCGGUUACUACAUACCUCGUGAUACUGAUUCAGUUCAACAAUACAUAAUGCCGCAGCAAGUUGAAACAGUACCUAAGCCUUUGACUACAGCCUUGUAAAAUUAGUAUUAUUGUACUUAGAGAUAGUAUAUGAACACACAAAAUUUAUAGAGAUUUGUAUAGAAUUUUUUAAGCAAAAGUAGCUAUUUUUAAGCAAUAUUUAUUAUCAUGAACUGGA